AUGUCGGGUCGCGCUUCAAUCCGCCAGCUGACCACAGCAGCAGUAUGUUUGGCUGUGUGCCUUCGGUCGUUCCCAUCCUUGAAUUUCACUGCGUCUGGCGGCAAGCAAACUCCACUCAGCAUUGUGAGAGAGAGAACUGGACGAAGCAUUUCGGUAAGCGUUGACCGAACGGUCUUCCAGGACAACUUGACUGCCAACGAAAAGCAACUGACGACUUUCCUAGCUCAGGCAGGGCGAAACGGAGACUGGGCGCAGGUUUCACGACUUUGGGGCAAGUAUUCAGGAACUGCCGUAGCGGUUCACCAUUCAGCGAUGCAAGCUGCUUUCCAUUGCGCAAGGUAUGAAGAUGCCGCCUGCAUCUAUAACAAGUUGCGAAAUUUGCCGGGGUUUACACCGAACCCAAUCACUUCUCAUCGAGGCAUGAAAAUAUUUGGUAAACUGGGUCGUCGAGCGGAAGUAGCAGCACUUUGGUCAGAAGCUGUUGAGAACAACCUGACGACUCACUUGGUGGUUGGUGCGCGCAUCAAUGCUGCGGCCAGCAUGGGAGACAUAUUGGGCGCAGCCGAGGGUCUUGACUUCAUGAUUGUCCACGACCUAGAGCCGAAUAUUUCACAUCUGCCAUAA